AUGGCCAACAGCGGUGCUCCUCGCCUCUCCUUGCCAUUCCUGCUGCCCGUCACCGCUCUGCUGCUAUCACUGCUGCUCACCAGCUCCUACGCCUUAUCAUCACCGCGGUUCACUAAAGUUCCCGUUGACCAGAUUGGCGUCUCAGGGGGCGUGGUCUCCUUCGUGUGCCAGGCGACAGGCGACCCCAAGCCGAGGGUCAGCUGGAACAAGAAAGGCAAGAAGGUCAACUCCCAGCGUAUAGAGACCAUUGAGUUUGACGAGGGUGCCGGUGCCGUACUGAGAAUCCAGCCUCUCCGAGCACCUCGUGACGAGAACAUCUACGAAUGCGUUGCUGAGAACAGCGAGGCCGAGAUCACUGUCAAUGCCAAGCUGUCCAUCAUCCGAGAGGACCUGCUCCCACCAGGCUUUCCUAACAUUGACAUGGGCCCUCAACUCAAAGUGGUGGAGCGCACUCGAACAGCCACCAUGCUCUGUGCUGCCAGUGGCAACCCUGACCCAGAAAUCACCUGGUACAAAGACUUCCUGCCCAUUGAUCCCAGUGCAAGUAAUGGGCGAAUCAAACAGCUACGCUCAGAGGGUACCCCGAUUCGAGGUGCCUUGCAGAUCGAGAACAGCGAGGAGACAGACCAGGGGAAGUACGAGUGCGUGGCGUCUAAUGUGGAAGGCGUGCGCUACUCGUCCCCUGCUAACCUUUAUGUGCGAGUCCGGCGGGUACCUCCACGCUUCUCCAUUCCACCAACGAGUCAGGAAAUCAUGCCCGGUGGCAGUGUGAACAUAACGUGUGUGGCGGUGGGGUCGCCCAUGCCUUACGUCAAGUGGAUGCUGAACUCAGAGGAUUUGACACCGGAGGAUGAGAUGCCAGUGGGCAGGAAUGUUCUCGAGCUGAGCAGCGUCCGUGAGUCAGCCAACUACACUUGCGUGGCCAUGAGCAGCCUUGGCAUCAUUGAAGCUGUGGCGCAGAUCACUGUCAAAUCUCUCCCCAAGCCUCCAGGUACCCCUGUGGUUACUGAAACCACUGCCACCAGUGUGACCAUCACCUGGGAUUCGGGCAACCCAGACCCAGUGACUUACUAUAUCAUCCAGUAUAGGGCGAAGUCCCCAGACAGCAAGUAUGAGACAGUGGACGACAUCACCACUACACGUUACAGCAUUGGUGGCCUCUACCCAAACACAGAGUAUGAAAUCCGUGUCUCGGCCAUCAACACAAUUGGACAGGGUCCUCCCAGUGAGCCAGUAGAAACCCGGACUGGUGAACAGGCCCCUGCCAGUCCACCACGAAACAUCCAGGCCCAGAUCAUAUCCCAAAACACCAUGAUGGUACGCUGGGAAGAGCCUGAGGAGCCCAAUGGGCAGAUCAAGGGCUACCGUGUUUAUUACACCAUGGACGAUUCCCAACCCAUGAGCCUCUGGCAGAUCCAUAAUGUCCAGGACAGCAUCAUCACCACUAUCCAGAGCCUGGUCCCUCAAGAGACGUACACAAUCAAAGUCCUAGCAUUUACCUCUGUAGGAGAUGGACCAUUCUCAGAGCCCAUCCAUGUCAAAGUACUGCAAGGAGUUCCAGGUCAACCAUCCAAAUUUCAGGUUGGUGCUGUGUCUGAUACCAGCAUUGAACUGACCUGGGAAGCUGCCUAUGAGAAAGAAGGAAUUGUAAAUUAUGAACUUCGCUACAUGGAAGGAAGUUUUGGCACCCAGAUCAAGAAAUCAUUUGGACCCGCAUCUUCAUAUGUUGUGGAAAAUCUCCGCCCAAACACAGAGUACCACUUCUCUCUGGCAGCCAUCUCUAACAAAGGCAUUGGAGCCUUCACCAAUGACAUAUCACAGAAGACCUUGCAAGCCAAGCCCUCAGCCCCCCCUCAAGACAUUAAGUGCAGCAGCACCAGAUCCACCACCCUGCUGGUAAGUUGGCGCCCCCCACCUUUGAUGAGUCAGAACGGUGUCCUGGCGGGGUAUAGGGUGCGCUACCUGGUGGUGGGCCCGUCAGAAGGCGUCAGUGACGACGGGGAGCCCCUGGAGGAGCCCACAGUCCCUGCCAAUGAAGAGCAGGUGCUGCUGCAGCGAUUGGAGAAGUGGACCCAGUACCGCAUCACUGUGUCCGCUUUCACUGUGAUUGGGCCAGGCCCUGAGAGUGAGCCCCUGAUCUGCCGCACAGACGAAGACGUUCCUGGGGCUCCUCCAAGGCGAGUGGAGGUGGAGGUCCUCAACUCCACAGCACUAAAGGUGAUGUGGCGCUCCCUGACCCCCGGCAAGCAGCACGGUCAGAUCCGCGGCUACCAGGUACACUAUGUACGCGUGGAAAAUGGCGAGUCACGGGGCCUGCCCCUCAUCAAGGACGUCAUGCUGGCCGAUGCCCAGGAAAUGGUCAUUGGAGGACUCAAGCCAGACACCACUUACUCUAUCACGGUGGCAGCUUACACCACCAAGGGCGAUGGAGCCCGGAGCAAACCCAAACUGGUGGUGACCAAAGGGGCAGUGCCUGGUCUGCCCUAUAUGUCAGUGGCACAGGACUCAGAAACAUCAGCUGUUGUUCGCUGGGACCCUCCAGAUCUCACCAAUGGCAUGGACCUGCAGGGUUACCGGCUCCAGUUUGGCCGGAAAGAUGUCUCUCCUUUGGCCACACUGGAAUUUGCUCCCCAAGAACGACAGUACUCUGUGGGCAACAUUCACCGGGGGGCCAUUUAUCUCUUUAAAGUCUCAGCCAAGAGCAGGGGGGGCUUUGGGGAAGAGGCUGUGGUAGAACUCAGUGUGCCCGAGAAGACGCCAGGGGGAUACCCUCAAAUUGAAGAGGGUUCCAACGUGACAUGCUGCUCAGUGCAGCUGUCCUGGUCUCCUCCCGUGCUGGCGGAGAGAAACGGGUUAAUCACAGAGUACACUUUGGCCUAUAAGGAAACCGGUACCGGAGGAGCCCCGCUGGAGCUACGCUUGCCCCCAAGCCAGUCCAGCUAUGUUCUCAACAGCCUCAAACCCAACUCGGCGUACGAUGUGAAAAUACGUGCACACACCAUUGUAGGUCCAGGGCCCUACAGCCCACCUAUCCAGUAUCGGACGGUGGCCUUUGAUCCAACAGAUGUUCCAAAGAAUUUCACUGUGAAGUGGGCCACCAAAACCACAGUGGUCAUUGCAUGGAAGUUUUCUGAAAGCAGGUCUCCAUACAAAUGCACGAUUGAGUACAACCGUCAAAAGAUGGAUGUGGAUGCCAGGCAGAUGAGGGUUCUAGUCACUGGGCUAAAGCACAACACCACCUACGAGUUCAGGGUGACCUGCCAGGAAAGCAUGGACGGUGGACCAAGACACCGUGUGGUUGCCAAGACCGCACCUCUCAUCCUGGUGAAGAAACCCAAGCUGGACAUCUAUGCUGAGCCUGACAACAUGCUCACCAUGUCCUUCCCACCGGUCGAUACCAAGGAUGUCAAGACCUUCUAUGUGGUUGUGGUGCCACUUAAGAGGACCUCAGGAUCUGUCAAAAACCUGAAGAACCCAGAUGAGAUGGACAUGGAAGAGCUGUUGCGGGAGGUGAUCCCAAAGCGACGUUCACGCCGUCAGCUGGCUCAGCUGGACCAGAGGAAGCCCUACAUCACAGCCUGUUUCAGGCAGCUGCCCUCCAGCUUCACGGUGGGAUCUGACUACCGCCACAGUAGCUGUGAGAACAAGCCUCUUGAACCUAGCCAGGAGUAUGUCUUCUUCCUGUUGGCUGAACUCAAUACAACUGGGAAAAUGUUUGCUACCAGCCCUUAUACCGACACAGUGAUGACUCCCGAUCUGGUGGUGGACCCCCUGCCAGUUGAGACUGGUGACGGACUCAUAUGGGUGGUGGGCCCAGUCCUCGCCGUGGUCUUCAUCAUCUGCAUCGUCAUUGCCAUUCUCCUAUAUAAAAACCGCAAGAGAAAAGAGUCAGAGCCGCGCACAAAAUGUCUGCUGAACAAUGCAGACAUUACACCCCACCACCCUACAGACCCUGUGGAGAUGAGACGCAUCAACUUCCAAACGCCAGAUUCUGGUCUAAGCAGUCCUCAGAGUGAAGCAGAUUUUGACUAUGAAAGUAUGAUGAAUCAUCCUCCCAUCCCUAUCUCAGAGCUGGCUGAACACACAGAGCUUCUCAAGGCCAACGACAACCUCAAGCUCUCCCAGGAAUAUGAGUCUAUCGAUCCAGGCCAGCAGUUCACCUGGGAACAUUCCAACCUGGAGGUGAACAAGCCCAAAAAUCGUUACGCCAACGUCAUCGCUUACGACCACUCCCGCGUCAUUCUGGCUCCCAUCGAGGGUAUAACAGGUAGCGACUAUAUCAACGCCAACUACAUUGAUGGCUACAGGAAGCAGAAUGCCUACAUCGCUACCCAGGGUCCAUUACCAGAGACGUUUGGGGACUUCUGGAGGAUGGUGUGGGAACAGAGAGCAGCCACUGUGGUCAUGAUGACCAGGCUGGAGGAGAAGUCACGGAUUAAGUGUGACCAGUACUGGCCCAGUCGUGGCACAGAAACCUAUGGUAUGACCCAAGUGACCCUGUUGGACACCAUAGAAUUGGCCACUUUCUGUGUCCGCACUUUCUCCUUGCACAAGAAUGGCUCUAGUGAGAAGCGGGAGGUUCGUCAGUUCCAGUUCACGGCGUGGCCUGACCAUGGAGUACCAGAGUAUCCCACCCCCUUCCUGGCCUUCCUCCGUAGGGUGAAGACCUGCAACCCACCUGACGCCGGACCUAUCAUCGCCCACUGCAGUGCGGGCGUCGGCCGGACGGGUUGCUUCAUUGUCAUCGAUGCCAUGCUUGAGCGUAUCAAGCACGAGAAGACGGUCGACAUUUACGGCCAUGUGACGCUGAUGCGCUCGCAGCGAAACUACAUGGUGCAGACGGAAGACCAGUACAGCUUCAUUCACGAUGCACUGCUGGAGGCGGUGGCCUGCGGCAACACUGAAGUGGCCGCCCGGAGCCUCUAUUCCUACAUCCAGAAGCUGGCCCAGGUGGAGAGCGGCGAGCACGUCACUGGCAUGGAGCUAGAGUUCAAGCGUUUGGCCAAUUCCAAAGCCCACACGUCACGCUUUAUCAGUGCCAACCUCCCGUGCAACAAGUUCAAGAAUCGGCUGGUCAACAUCAUGCCCUACGAGACCACGCGCGUCUGCCUGCAGCCAAUCAGAGGCCUGGAAGGAUCUGACUAUAUCAAUUCCAGCUUCAUUGAUGGAUACAGGCAACAGAAGGCUUACAUCGCCACGCAGGGCCCUCUGGCAGAGACUACAGAAGACUUCUGGAGAAUGCUCUGGGAGAACAACUCUACCAUUGUAGUCAUGUUGACCAAACUGAGAGAGAUGGGACGGGAAAAGUGUCACCAGUACUGGCCGGCUGAGCGCUCUGCCAGGUACCAGUACUUUGUGGUUGAUCCCAUGGCGGAGUACAACAUGCCCCAGUACAUCCUCCGCGAGUUCAAGGUCACAGACGCAAGGGACGGCCAGUCAAGGACAGUAAGGCAGUUCCAGUUUACUGAUUGGCCAGAGCAAGGUGUGCCCAAAUCCGGGGAGGGAUUCAUUGAUUUCAUCGGCCAGGUGCAUAAAACCAAGGAGCAGUUCGGGCAGGAUGGACCAAUCUCUGUUCACUGCAGUGCUGGUGUGGGCAGGACCGGAGUCUUCAUCACCCUCAGUAUUGUCCUGGAGCGAAUGCGCUAUGAGGGCGUGGUCGAUAUCUUCCAGACAGUGAAGAUGCUCCGAACACAGAGGCCAGCCAUGGUCCAGACUGAGGAUGAGUACCAAUUCUGCUACCACGCAGCUCUGGAGUACUUAGGAAGCUUUGAUCACUAUGCAACGUAAAAAGCCAUCUCUUCCCCCCAGAAUCCUGUCGCCCCCCUCAACAGUCUCCUGAGCCAUAGAAACUUUGAAAUUUUAAACGACGACAGCAGACAACGCUAACACCAUCACUUAUUCAGACAUACCAAACAGGAUCCUAUUGUAGAUUUUUAGAAGACGAUGCCCAAACAACCAGUUGAGAAUAAUUCCAAUUCGACAAAGAGACCCUACGUGAGGAAGCGAGGAAAAUUACCCAUCAUCAAGAAAAGAAAACCCUCAUGAAGAGUGGAACCAGAUGCUUUGGCUCAAGCUGUGGGGCGGGCAUCGAUCAAAGUGUCAGACUGCUUACCUUACCUCAAGUGUUUCGAUGUGGAGGACAUUGUAAACAUUCGUGGACAUUUCUCUUCUCAAAAAUAUCUUUGCGGUACAACGGUAACGAGCAACAGUGAAUGAAAAAGAAGGCAACAGCAAAAAUCAACGAGAGGCAGAUGGAUGUAGCCAAGACGGGGUGACUUUAUUGUGUUUUGAUAUGCCUGGGUGUUAAAUGGGGUUCAAGUAUUUCUAUCAACACAUUUUGUGAGUGAUAUCCAGAGAAAUGACCAAAUUGUGGUUGCCUGUCUGAACCCAAAUGGUUUUCCCCAAACUCUGGUAAGACAAAAAAAAUCAAAACAGUGGAAACAUAACUAGCACCAGAACACUACCAUCUAGCAUCAAAUACACCUUGAGUUUUUUACACACUGUCCCACUAAUGAUAUGCAUAAUUGUGUGGAAAAAAAACACCCAACUAUUAAAGAAUACACAUGACUGCCUGUUCUCAAGCGCUAAGAGCUUAGAGAAGGAACUGUCAGUUGUUGUGGGGAAGCAAGCAGCAAACAUAUCUUAAAUCAGUUAGUUUCAGGACUUGUGAACUUCAAUCAGUAUCCAAAGCCAGGUAAACAUGGUAAUGGUGAGAUACCACAGUGUAUUGGAAGUGCCCCAAGGAGGCUCCUGGCUCAGUCGCCAGAGAAAUCGGGGAAAACCUCAACUGUUGCAAGAAGCUGCGGCCGGGUCGUCUUGUGGAUGGUCAAGGUGGGAGAAAUGGCAACCGCAUCUCAUGAUUUUUUACAAUCACUCCUCUCUUUGGAACCAUUGCAUCAUGGGGCUUCGGUGUUAACAUCCACCAUUUUGAACAAGAGAUAAAUCUGGUGGGCGAGAAGCUUUGGAACAAACAGAACAACCAAACAAGGAUUGUCACAGAAUCUGGGCUUUCUUUGUGUACAGUGACCAACACUCAUCAUCAUUGUUUCAAACUUUUUUGUCUUAUGAGGAAUUAUCUUUUUUUCUUUUAAUUUUCUGUCAAAACCAAACAUGCUGCUUAUCUUGUGUGUGCUGUAAGUGAGACUCUUGAGGGAGAGGAAACUGACGAACUAAAGAUGCCAGCUCUGCUAACCGCUCGCGGCGUGGCGGUUAGGACUGAAAGCGCAUCCACAUGACAACAUGAUCCACCGGUGUUUUCCACCUCUCCUUUUUUUCCCCAGCCUCCUCUAUUAUCAUCUAUUUCAUUGUGUGAGACACUCAAGAGUGGCAGAGGCCUGUUGCAAUUACAAAGCUGUACGUUAAUGUGGGUAACAAAUUGGCCUUUAGUUCCACUGUAUGUGUGUUUGGUGACAGGUGGAUGAACAAAGUAGUUGCUUUGGUUUUGUCCUCCGUUUUAUAGGUGAUGUCUAUGUGGGUGACAGGCCAUAUUGAAUAUCCAUGCCAUGAUGUGAUAAUGAAAUUAUUCGGUACAACUUACUUGCACAUCCCUAAGGAAAAAAUUAAAAAACUUGAAACAAACCCCCCCAAAACAACUGCAAGAUGGAUUUGACGCACUAUUGUAUAUGUGUCUGAUAUUUUAAAAAAAUCUUUUUUUUUUUCAAAAUCACCAAGUUUUCUUUUGAGAUCAGUGCUUUGGAACAGAUGAGUGUACGGAUUCUGUGGAGGUUUCUGAUGGGUGUGCACAAAAACCAGAGCGAUGGACAGAACUGUGUGUAAUCUUUUCUUAUUUCCAAAAAAGCCUUAUUGUUAUUGUAACAUUAUGAAAACAUUACUGUUGUAUUAUGACGACUUAUUUUACAUUACAUAGUUGACUUUUUGUUUUAUUUUCGGUUUAGUUUUUUAACAGAGAUGUUGUAUCACAUUUUUUUAAAGAUUAGCAGGAAAAGAGAAACGCUUAUUUGUUCAUAUUACGUUGAAAGACAUUCUAUUUUUUCACUGUAGAAAAGUUAAGUAUAACAUGUCUGUGUGUACGUGUAUGUAUACAUGUAUACUGCACACACACACAUACAUAUAUAUUUAAAUGCAGAAUAUAAAGAUAUAUCCAAACAGUUAGUAUUAAUGACAUUUUUCUCCUCAUCGUCUUUUUUUUUAUACCACCCACUGCUCAUGUUUGAAAAUAUGACUUUUUAUUGAUUUAUUUUUGUUUGUGUGUUUGUUUUUUGUAAUCUAAGAAACCUUGUGCGUUUCUUAAAAAAAGUGGAGGUGAUGUCAGUGCUUUGCCUGAAUCCUCUGCCUCCACUCACCAAUGUUUAACUUCUACCCCUGGGUAGAUGCUGUGCCGAUGGGGAGAUGCCAUUUUUAAACCUUGUUGAGAUUAUCAUUAACUUGUAGGCAUUAGUAUUCUUUUGAUUCUUUGAGCAACUGUGGAAUGAUGAGCUGGUCUACAAAAUAUCUAAUCAAUCAAAAAUGUCAUAAUUGAACUUUUUUGUUUGCUAAAUCAGCCCAGCUUGACAUACUGUACCUAUAUGACCAUGUACAGACUAUGGCCCUCACAGUUUUUAAGAAAAACAUCUUGAUUUUCUUUCUCUUUUUUUUACUUUUAUUAUUAUUUUCUGACAUAAUGUGGUCUUUCAUUUUGUUAGCUAUCCACUAUGAUCUAGAAUAUACCUGUAAAUAAACAAAUAUAUAGAUUA